UUUAAAUCUUUUGCCAUUAAAGAAUCUCGACAUUCAUUAGUAAGAUAAACGUUUAUUUUUCAUUAAGAGGAAAAAAAAAAAAAAAACUUUAAAAUGAAAUUAUUUUUUGCUUUUCUAUUGAUAACAUUAGUUACAAUUUGUGCUUCUGCUCCAGCUCCUGAAGAAGAAUCUGAUACACGUUGGGGACCAUUGUACAUUGAAGGUACACCAUGUCCUGCAAAAAAUUUUUACAGCGAAUGCAAUAGUUGUUUCUGUUUGGAAGAUGGAAAAUCUGCCGGAUGUACAUUGAUGGCUUGUGAACCUUUUAAUCCGGCAUUGAAACCUUAAAUUAAUUAAACAUUACUAUUUCAAUGUAAAAUGAUAAUUAGUCAAAAUUAAAAAUGUACUUUUUAUUUUCCAUUAAAUAAAGUACAGAAAAAAUUAUAAA